CACCGCCUUGCUUUGGUACGCCUGCCGCCAUGGAUAACAACACUUCCGUGGUUUCUGCUACACCCGAAAUUAUCCCAUUCAUUGGGAACCUCUCGACCAGAAAUCUUACCCUCCUUUCGAUCGCUGCGGCUGUGGUCUUUUCUCUCGCGUUAACGUUGACGAAGGCAAAAUCCAAUUCAAGGGGAAAUUCAGUAUUGUUCGUUGGACCUCCUGAUGCAGGCAAAACAGCCAUACUUUCCUCUCUUGCGUACAAUGAGGCGUUGCCUUCACACACGUCUUUACAGACAAAUUCUGCUCACGUAGUCUUGUCGCCGUCGAAGACCCUGCGUGUCGUGGACGUACCUGGGCAUCCCCGAAUUAGGGACCAGUUCCGACAACACCUCAGAGGUGCGAAAGCCAUCGUUUUUGUUGUCGACGCGAGCACGGUUUCGCGCAAUGCUCCAGAUGUGGCUGAGCAUUUGCAUCAUGUUUUGCACGCCAUGACAUCACUACCACCAUCCCAACCUACGCCACAGAUUCUCAUUCUUGCGCACAAGACAGAUCUUGUGAAAUCUGGUGCUUCGUCGAGCCCAGUCACUGAAGUCGCUAUUACACGAGUGCGAACUAUUCUGGAACGUGAAUUGGAAAAGAGAAGGUCUUCGCAGACGGGGGGUAUUGGAGUUGAGAGCAUGGGUGCGGAGAGUGAGGCUGAGCUUGGCGGACUGGAGUGCAGUGGAACUGCUGGGGAUUCAUUCAAAUUUUCUGAUUGGGAAGGUGGUGAUGUUGACUUCGUCGGGGCAUGGAUUAAGGUUGGAGAAACGAAAGACGGGGAAAAAGACGGAGGUGAAGAUGGGCUUCGUGGAUUGAAAGAUUGGUUGGAGCAGCUUCCACAUUAACAUGAGCACCUUAGGAGUCGACUCUCUUUUGGCUAUGGCAGUGGUAAAUAAACACGACCAAACACGGAAGUACUUUAAAGAGCCGGGAGUCACUUGAACCUUCUGCAACGCAGC